CGUUUAUAGACACACGUUGGUAUUGCAGCAAACGUCCUCAUUAUAUUUCCUACAUAACACACACUAUUUGACAGCAUCUGAUUGUAAGAAGGGUUUUAUAUAGCUUCCCCGAGAGCCGCCCGUGGUCAUGUAUCCAAGCUGCAGGUAGAAAGCUCAAUUUAUGUAACUACAAAUAAAUGGUGAAGGAGCAGAUCGGUGGCGACCGCUUCUCUCCACCAAUGACGGAGGCUUCAGGCUGCCGCGGGCCCCGCGGAGCAAGACCACCUGUGAGGGCUGCUGAGAUUGGCGGAGGCGGUCAUGUGGGCGGUCACGUGCUGCGGCGAGCUCCGUCCAAAAGAAAAUGGGGUUUGGUGUAAAUCUGGGGGUGUAAUGUUAUCAUAUAUCACGCUACCUCGUAAAACCGACACUGAAAGCUGCCGGACAACAAAUCACAGGUCAAAAUUAUGAGUUCUUCGUAUUAUGUGAAUGCGCUUUUUAGCAAAUAUACGGCGGGGGCUUCUCUGUUCCAAAAUGCCGAGCCGACUUCUUGCUCCUUUGCGCCCAACUCGCAGAGAAGCGGCUACGGGGCGGGCGCCGGCGCCUUCGCUUCGACCGUACCGGGCUUGUACAAUGUCAACAGCCCCCUGUAUCAGAGCCCCUUCGCGUCGGGCUACGGCCUGGGCGCCGACGCCUACGGCAACCUGCCCUGCGCCUCCUACGACCAAAACAUCCCCGGGCUCUGCAGUGACCUCGCCAAAGGCGCUUGCGACAAGGCGGACGAAGGCGCGCUGCACGGCCCGGCCGAGGCCAAUUUCCGCAUCUACCCCUGGAUGCGGUCUUCAGGGCCCGACAGGAAGCGGGGCCGCCAGACCUACACGCGCUACCAGACGCUGGAGCUGGAGAAGGAGUUCCACUUCAACCGCUACCUGACGCGGCGCCGCCGCAUCGAGAUCGCCCACGCGCUCUGCCUCACCGAGCGCCAGAUCAAGAUCUGGUUCCAGAACCGCCGCAUGAAGUGGAAGAAAGAGCAUAAGGAUGAGGGUCCGGCCGCCGCCGCCCCCGAGGGCGCCGUGCCCACCGCCGCCGCCGCCGCCGCCGCCACCGCCGCCGCCGCCACCGACAAGGCCGACGAGGAGGACGAAGAUGACGACGACGACGACGAAGAGGAGGAGGAAUGAGGGGCCAAGUCGGGGCCCUGGCUGCACCAGACAGUCGGGAAAAGCGUCUUUAGAGACUCACUGAUUUUAUUUACAAAAGUGGAAAAAAUAAAAAGAAAACGUAAAAACAAAAACAAAAACAAAAACAAAACAGUCCCCAACCUGUACCCAUCUGCCCCAUUACCCAUUCCAGCUCCCAUCUUUUCUGGACCGAGCAGCCGCCUAGCCUGGGUCCCCUUGGGGAUCUCUCUGCCCCCAAGUACCCCCAGCAGACACCCUCCCUAACCCCAGUCGGACCAGCUCUGUGCUGGCACGGCUAAAAUACUACCUAGCACAGGCCUCAGCGAGAGGCACCCCAAACUACCUAUGGGCCCAGCCCCAGUAGGCCUCCACUCCCAGGAAGCCCCGACCUGUCCCCACACUGGCAAACACCCAGCACCUCCCCCAUACCGACAAGGACCUGAUCUUCUCAGUACUACCUACUAGUCCCAAACUACCUAUUUUGUGCUCACUGGCUCGCCUGCUACCUAGUGCCGGCCCCUUCCCCGGCCAGGCCCCUCCUGCUUCUGCCUGGCAGCCUUGAGGGGUCCCUGAGGCUGCAUGGAGAAGGCACUGGGGUCCGGGGACCAGGGUAUUGGCUUCUAUUUAAAUUGAAAAAUAAUAUAUUUAUUCCAAAGCAUUCUAAGUGCUGCAACCUAGAAUCCCUCCUUCUCUGGCCUGGGCAUCCCAAGUUCAGGCCCACUACCCCCACUUCUGGAGGGGAGCAUUCCCAAGCUAGCUGCAGAUCUCUGGGUUAGCUUCUGCUUAGUAGGACUGCAGAGUUGCUCCCAGCCUCCCUGCACCUCCCCUGGCCCCCAUAUCCUACUGUCCAGCCAUGUUGAAUAUAUACACCCUGACUUUUCCUACAAUAGCAAAUAUUGUAUAUUUGAACAAGAUUUUUUUUGUCAUUUAUAUAGUCUUGGAGCUCAUUUGUAAGGCAAUGUCUUGACUCGGGAAGGAUGUGUUAAUGGGGUGACUUUGUAGCAUGGUGUGUUGUCUUGAGCUAACUUUAUAGCUGGUGGGGAGAGCCAUUGCCCUUCCCAAUGCCCUUCAUCUCUUGUGUUGUCCUGCGUCCCCCUUGUCCCUGUAGGCUCUAGCUUGGGGUUCCAGGAAUGGGAAGGCACGCUUCCUGUCUUGCCCAGCUAACCGUGUUUUAUGUAACAAAAAUAAAGAUGCUUGGUGACAAAGAAA